AACGAAUUCGAACGCGCCAGCGAACGGUUGUGUUUAACGGAAAGCAAUCAAAAGCAAAGAAGUUGAAGAAGAAGAAGUUCAGAAAGGAGAAGCAGCAGCAAAGUGUAAUACGCAAAAGCAAACAAAACUGCAACAAAUUUUUUUUGUUUUGUGAAAGAGUUUUCUUCACUGUGUAUCUGUGGUUUGUGUGAGUGUGUUUGUUGUCUUCAAACCGGUUUUUAUACAUAAAUGCGCGCUGCAACUGCAACAACAAUAAAUUCAAAAACAACAACAGCAGCAGCAACUAAACUACAACAACAACACUGUUUUUCGCUUGCCUGAUACAACAAUAAAAAACAACAACAACAACAACAAAGAGUGUUAACAUAAGAAGAACUGUAAAGAGAAAGAGAUGGCAUUCAACAUUGUAAGCCGCGGUCUUUUGCGCACUUCGAGAGAAAUCCUGGAACGCAAUAUGGCCGCAACGAUGGGCGCCCUGCAGCACCCCCCCUCACCACUCUCAACCCAGCAGCCAACGGGCGAUUACAACAAUAAUCGCCUGGUUGUGAUAAAUUCGAGCUGUGCAACACAUGCGCCAUGGCAUUUAAUGUCCGGCCGCACAGCCAUGAUUCAAGCAGUGCGCCAAUAUUCAAAGAAAACAGCAGGCGCAGCCACAAUGCGUCGCGAGGAAAGCGACAGCGAUUCGGAUUCGGAUGAUGAGUUCGAGCGACGUCGUCGCAAUGCUAAUGUUAAGCGCAGCGAGCGGGGCGACUCUGAGUUUUGGCGCCGCAAGAUGCGCACCUUGCAUCGCAUUAUGGAUGUGAAUCACGAUGGUGUCAUCUCAUAUGAUGAUUUCAAUUUGCUGGCAAAACGUUUCAGCGAUUUGGGCCAUUUGUCGCCCGAAGUGGCCGCCGAAUUCAACGAUGUGAUUAAGCAGACGUGGGAGGAGCAAUUUGGCGAGAUAACGCCAUAUAAUCUGGUUAAUGCCGAGCAAUUCUUAACCGAUUUGCAUCAUCGACUGAAUGACAAGAAAAUGGCCAAGCGCAUUGGACGCUUUUUGCCGUAUUUGUUUAAGGCCGUUGACUUUGAUCACACUGGCCACUUGGAUCUCGAACAAUAUAAGCUCUUCUUCCGCUGUCUGGGACUCACCGAAGAGGAUGCUGCCGUUUCAUUUGCUGUGAUAGACAAGAAUGGCGAUGGCCAGUUGUCGCUAAAGGAGUUUGUUCAUUUGGGACGUCAAUUCUUUUUGACCGAGGACGAUACAAAAAUAUCGAAAAUGUUCUGGGGUCCGCUAAUCACUGACCAUUGACGGGUUGCAGUCACUGCUGUAGAUCACAAUGUUCGCGAUGUAAAUACCACAACAACAACAACAACACACACGACUAAACAGAAGAAGCCAAUGCUAACAACAACAAUGAGAACUUCAACGACAACUAGCGCGCAGAAGGCGUGCGGCAGUUGGCCGUAUCUACAGCAUGUGGCGCCGCAUAAAUCGGGACCAUUUAAACGGCAAAUGACCAUUGACAGCAACAACAACUACAAUACGAACGCAUCGUCCAGCAUCAGCAACAUCAACAACAACAGCA